AUGGAUGAUCUCUUCCAUCUCUGCAGGUUCGAGUUUGACUUCACGGAUGUCUACUGGAACCCACGACUCAGCACUGAGCACUCGCGCGUCAUCGACCUUCUGCGUGAUGGUGAUGUCUUGUAUGAUGUCUUUGCUGGUGUCGGACCCUUUGCCAUUCCCGCUGCACGCAAGGGUUGCACAGUCAUCGCGAAUGACCUGAACCCACACUCGUAUACCUGGCUGAAUCACAACGUGACCCUCAACAAAGUGUCAGACAGGGUGACCACCUACAACAUGGAUGGACGUGAGUUUAUCCAGAAAGUUAUGGGAGAGACCCUUGUCAAGCACUUAGCAGACGACAAGCACGUGCACGUCUGUAUGAACCUGCCAGCGCUCGCAACAGAAUUUUUGGAUGCAUUUGUGGGACUGCUGUCGGGGAGAGAGAAUUUGAAUGAGGAGGUGAAAAACUGUCAUGUGAAAAUCCACUGCUACUGCUUCGUGAAGGGUGAGGAGGGCGUGACUGGUGCCAAACAGAAAGUGGAAGACGGGCUCGGGCGACCGGUGGAGAGGGACGUGCAGGUGUCAUUUGUGCGCAACGUUGCACCAAACAAGGACAUGAUGCGGGCGUCGUUUGACCUCUCAUUGAACAUUUUGUGCGCUCUCGACUGCUCGCCAGCAAAGAGGUGCAAGGUCGAAGAGGAAGCACAAGGAACGCAAGUUGGUGUUGUUGAGGCGGAAUAAAACUGUUCUUC